UAGCCUAUAUAAUUAUGUCGGAUGAGAUAGUCAGUAGAGUUAAAUUCUGUACCCUGACGUGGCAAUAUAACAAGACUUCCUCGGGCAGACCACCAAACCAAACACAGAGCGCCUAUACCCUCACCAACGCGCAUUAGAAUCUCAUAGCUCGAGAUGAGCACUUCGUAUCUUCAACACCUUUGCAUACUUCAAUUGGUCUGGUGCCUUGGAUGUUGGAAGGCGACAGAGGCUAGUCCAUACAAAGAGUGUGAACAUGGAAUUGCUUUCAGAAGGGGUCCUGGGAUCCAGACUGAUGUUGGUGAUAUGAUGGGGAGAGAUCAGAAUGAGGAGCAAGUUCAGAAUGUUUUCAAAAGAUUCCUGUUUCACUAUUCAAAGGCCAACUCGGUAGACUCUGUACAGCAUGCGUCCCAUUCAGUGCACCCGCUGAUGCGCCUGUCACCCAAACUGUCUCAGAGGAGAAAGAAGCAGCUCAUGCUUUUGAAGCACUCUGAUGUGUGAUGUAAAAAUCUGACUUUGGAAUAACUGGACAGAAGACAUCAGCACACUGCAACCCCCCCUGAACAUUGAGCACAAAAUGGCAGACUGAGGGACAGACAGAAGCAGCAUCCUGUGUUCUCUGGCAAUGGACUUGAUAUUUUUGAGAAAUAAAUUGCAGAUUGUGAAGUGUC